AUGGAUCUAAGAAAUAAUGGUGAUACAACGAAUUUUAUAGAGAAAAUAGAAAUUGGAUUUAAUUUAAUAAAUCAUAUGUUAAUAAGUUUUAUUUCAAUUUAUAUGACAUAUGCCUGUUUGCAUUUAAAUUUACAAAAAACAGCAUUACAUGCUUGGUUAUGUACACUGGGAUAUAAUCUUCUUAUGGCUGAGGCUAUGAUGACAUUUUUCAAAGGAAAUAUACUAUUAAGUACAAUGCAGAGAAAAACAAAAACAACAACACAUUGGAUUUUACAAGCAUUUGGUGGUACAUUAGGAAUCGCUGGAAGUAUUGUAAAAAUUGUUGAUAAAACAACACAUUUCACUACAUCACAUGGAAUUGCUGGUUUGGUAGCAAUGAUAUUAUCAGCAAUUAGCAUGAUUAGUGGUAUUUGUACUUUAUACAAUAUAGAAAUAAAACGUUUUAUAACACCAUUAAUCAAUAAAUUUUUCCAUAAUGUUAUCGGUUUGAGUGCAUUCUUAGCCGGUAUGUCAGCAUUGUAUUAUGGUUAUGAUACAGGUUUUUUUAAACGAAAAGUUGAACCAGAUUUUGCUGAUAUGAUGAGAACAUUUACAAUAAUUACAAUAAUUUUAUCAAGUUGGGGUUCUUUAAGAAGUUUAUAUGGAAAAAUUCAAAGUUUUCGGGCAUAUUAAUAUACAUUACAUAAUAUAAUAUCAUAAUCACAAUGUACAU